AUGGACCAAACGUUGUACAGGUUUGUGGCGCUGCAAGAACAGCUUCCCUACGAAUUAUCAUCUGGCCAACAUGCUGGGAUCGUGCUACCUCCAGAUGAACCUGCUCCGGCGGAAGUUUCAAAAAGGAGAUGGGAAUGGGCUCUUCCAAGUUACACGCUUCAUCAAGUUAAAUGA